AUGGAGGAAGAUCAGUCGCUGGAGGAAGACCAGUUGGCAGAAAAGGACGACAAUAAAUCGGAAGAAGAAUUAUCCAUGAUUAUUUCCAAUUCCAGAUCUGAAAAUAUUAGAGACCACUAUGAAUUUCUCUCUGACAUUGGCCAAGGUAGCUUUGGAAAUGUUCACAAAGUAAGGAACAAGCACUCCAAUGAAGAACUUGCUUGCAAAACGAUACCCAAGAAUGGGCUCAUUCCAACCCACAUCAUCCAACGCGAAGUUGCUGCCUUGAGAACGGUGCAAUCCCACCCACAUUUGAUUGAAUUAAAGGAUGAAAUAUUCGAGGAUCAAGAGAAUAUACAUAUUGUUACAGAAUUGUGCAUCGGUGGGGAAUUGUACGAUCGCGUGGCCACUGGGAAAUGGGCCCUCAACGAAAAGCAGGUGGCAACACUGAUUGGGAAUAUUCUCGAGGCGAUUGCCCACUGUCACGAAAGAGGUGUCGUGCAUAGGGAUUUGAAGGCCAGCAAUUUUUGCUUUGCCAAUAACAAGACGGAUACUGACGUGCGGAUCAUUGACUUUGGGCUCUCCAAAGUUGCGACUCGCACCCGGCAAGCGACAUAUUCUCAGUCAAUCUCAGCAAACGGCGAAGAUAGCGAAAGAGAGAGGAACGAACGACAAGAGUUGUUGGAUCUGAUAUUGCAAUCACAAGUUGGGACCCCUUACUAUGUCGCGCCGGAAGUUUUGUCAGGUGAUCAAUACAAUGUGAAGUGCGAUGUCUGGAGUGUAGGGGUGAUUUGCUAUUUGGUAUUGUCCCGGGGAAGACUUCCAUUUUGUGGCUCGGACGAGCUGGAGACGUUACAACUAUUGAAAGAUCCUACGAGUCAAGUGGUUUAUCCGAAACGAAUAUGGAGAAAGUUUAGCCCCGAUGCCAAGGAUUUUUGUCAAAUGUUGCUAGAACGAGAUCCAAUAUUACGACCAUCGGCCCGCAGCACGUUGGAACACAAAUGGCUACGGAAAUAUCGACAACGGCGACGAGUUGGACCGAGAUCUUGGAUCUUGUAUGCUUUUAUAUUUGUGGUGUCGGUUGUUGCAUUACUUUUGCGGUCUAUCUUGUUGUUUCCGGGGGCGAUUCAGAUACCAGACGAGAAAUUGCAGGAUUUGUUGCGCGAUCGAACGGUUCUGGUCACGGGCGCCAACUCGGGGCUUGGAUUGGCAACGGUCCAACAUCUAGCCCGUAUCGGAACGGCCAACAAAAUCAUACUAGCGUGUCGGAAUACGACUAGAUGUCAAGAUGCCAAGAUAGAUGUGGAACAAGACUUACCAGAAUCUUCCAGCACCCAAGUUCUUUCGGUUUUGCUGGAUCUAGCGAAUCGAACUUCGAUUGCAAUAGGAGCCGCCUCUAUUCAAGAAGAAAUACUACUUGCCUCGGACGAAACGGCAAAAACAACAACAACAACAACAACAACAAUUGGUCCACUAGACAUUCUCAUCAACAAUGCUGGGGUUGCCUAUGCUUGGAGUUCCAAAGAAUUUGUCGAUGGAAUUGAAAUGCACAUGGCCAUCAAUCAUUUGGGCCAUGUUCUGUUGACCCAUUACUUAUGGAAAAAUCUAUUGGCAAGUACCCACGGUGCUCGCAUUGUGCACGUAUCCUCCUUGGGAGCUCUAGUGUCUAGACAUGACACGACUGAUGGUUGGUACAACCAAGGAAAAAAAUCGACUCCCGUGAAAGGAAAAUUGCACAACACUAUUGAUUCCAUGAGAUACUACUUUCAAUCCAAGCGAGCCAAUUUGCAGCAAACCUGGGAGCUUCAUCGACGGCUUGCUACCAAGAAGAAUAAUGUUGCCUUCGUUGCUUCACAUCCGGGUUAUACAAGAUCCGAAAUUAUGCUCAAAUUUCAACUGCCGCUCUGUCCCGAAUUUGCCAUGCGCUGGUUACGGCAAAACGAAUGGGGCAGCAUGUCCACCAAAGAUGGCGCCAAAACGCAGUUGUUUGCGGCCCUCUCUCCGGAGGUCCCAAGUGGCUCGUAUGUGGUUCCACAAUAUUGGACCUUUGGCAGGCCAAUCAUACUAAACUCGCUGAUGACUUCCUUCAGCUCUCACUUUUAUCCCUUUUCGGAGAGUGAGAGCUCGAGGCUUUGGGAUGAGAGUUUGAAAGCCUUGGAUAUUUCCGCGUUCGGUGAAUAA